AUGAAACCGUCAAAGCUUAUGCGGCAUCUCACAACCAAGCAUCAAAAAGAAGCUGAUAAGCCGUUGGAUUUCUUUGAACGAAAGUUGAAAGCUCUUAGUCAGCAGCAAAAUACUAUAAUUCAGGCAUCCAGUGUAAACGAGUCAACAUUAUUAGCUGGCUACAAAGUCGCAUAUCGAGUUGCUAAAGCAGGGAAACCACAUACAAUUACCGAAAAUCUUAUUUUGCCAGCGGCACUCGAUAUGGUUGAAAUUAUGGUCAGUCAGCAGGAGGCAACCAAAUUAAUAAAAAUACCACUUUCUGACAAUACUAUUUUACGCAGAAUAAACGAUAUGGCCAAGGAUAUUCAAGAACAAAAAUUAAAGAAUAGCCAACAUUUUGCUUUGCAGUUCGAUGAAUCUACUGAUAUUUCCGACUGUGCACAGUUUAUAGUAUUUGUGCGCUUUGAAGCAGAUGACAGUAUUACGGAAGAAAUCUUAUUUUGCAAAGCACUUCCUGCAAACACUACUGGCCAGUGUUUGUACGAUAUGUUUUUAGAAAGCACUUGCGACUACGAUAUUGAUUGGAAAAAAUGUAUCGCUAUUUGUAGCGAUGGCGCUAAAGCUAUGACUGGCAAAAAUAGCGAACUCAUUGCAAAAUGA